GAUAUAAAUACCCAUGCUUGGAUUUCUUGUUGUGAUCAGCUCCAAUUUGAAGACCUUGAGUUUCACUACUAAGCAGUGUUGCUCUGCACAUCUCUACCAAACACCCAAAACCCAAAGAUCUCCGUUAGCUUGUAUCCAUGGCACCAGUCGCAGCAGAAGCAUGUGCAGAUUCGAUUAGUCCAAGAGGUGUUUACAUCGUUGGUGUUGCACGAACACCCAUGGGUGCAUUUCUCGGUGCACUUUCAUCUUUACCUGCCACCAAGCUAGGAUCUAUAGCUAUUGAGGCUGCUCUUAAAAGAGCAAAUGUUGAUCCAUCCCUGGUAGAAGAAGUUUUCUUCGGCAACGUUCUUAGUGCAAAUUUGGGGCAGGCUCCUGCUAGACAAGCAGCAUUGGGUGCAGGACUAUCUCAUUCAGUGGUCUGUACCACUGUUAACAAAGUUUGUGCAUCAGGGUUGAAAGCUACUAUGCUCGCAGCACAAAGCAUCCAGUUGGGCAUCAAUGAUGUUGUUGUUGCUGGUGGUAUGGAAAGCAUGUCUAAUGUGCCCAAGUAUCUUGCAGAAGCAAGGAAGGGAUCUCGACUUGGACAUGAUUCUCUUGUUGAUGGAAUGCUGAAAGACGGUUUGUGGGAUGUCUAUAACGAUUAUGGCAUGGGAGUCUGUGCUGAAUUAUGUGCUGAUCAGCAUUCAGUGUCUAGGGAGGAACAGGAUAACUUUGCUGUUCAGAGCUUUGAGCGUGGUAUUGCUGCCAAAGACACUGGUGCCUUUUCAUGGGAAAUUGUUCCAGUUGAAGUUUCUGGAGGAAGGGGAAGACCAUCAACUAUUGUUGACAAGGAUGAAGGUCUAGGAAAGUUUGACGCUGCCAAAUUGAGGAAGCUCCGACCAAGUUUUAAGGAGACUGGAGGUUCUGUUACUGCUGGCAAUGCUUCUAGCAUAAGUGAUGGAGCUGCUGCAUUAGUUCUAGUGAGUGGAGAGAAGGUACUAAAGCUUGGGCUACAAGUGAUAGCAAAGAUCAGUGGAUUUGCUGAUGCUGCUCAGGCACCAGAAUUAUUUACAACAGCUCCUUCCCUUGCGAUUCCAAAAGCCAUUUCAAACGCUGGCUUAGAAGCUUCUCAAAUCGACUUUUACGAAAUUAACGAAGCCUUUGCUGUCGUGGCUCUUGCAAACCAGAAAAUUCUUGGACUUGACCCAACAAAAGUUAAUGUGCAUGGUGGAGCCGUAGCAUUGGGACAUCCUCUUGGUUGCAGUGGAGCUCGUAUCUUGGUCACCCUUUUAGGGGUACUGAAACAGAAGAGUGCGAAAUAUGGUGUUGGUGGUAUUUGCAACGGUGGAGGUGGUGCAUCUGCUCUUGUUCUAGAGCUUUUGUAAGCGACUCUCAAGUUAACUUGUUAGACUGAUGCAUACUAUGAGAUGGAACUGUCACUAGCGAAAUUCCUUGUCGUGCAAUUCUCUCUAUUUUUUCUGUUGCCUUGUUUCCAAAAUAAAUUACAAAGUGUAUUUAGCUUUUAGAAGAAAUAUAUUUUCAACACUGUUCUCAUC